CUCGUUACCUCCUAACCAAACUCUCUCUCUCUCUCUCUGGGCUUGUAACCAGACUAACCAAAUCCCCGCCUUCUCUCUCUCUCUCUCUCUCUCUCUCUCUAAAAGUAAAUGCCGACGGCCUGAUAUCCGUGACAAAAGCCACGCCUUCCUAUCUAUAACUUUUGUCUCUGUAACUGCAAACUGCAUAUACGUACUUCGCUUUCCAUCAACAGAAAAACUACUCGACCGAGAAUAAGAGCAAACAAUAUUUUAAAAAAUAAUUCAACGACGAAAAUGCUGGAAACCGUAAAAUACCUGAUCGGCUCAAUCGGCCCCAGUGGCUACGGCUCCAAGUCUACAGCCGAGCAAGUCACCGAGACCUCCCCGGAUCUCCGCUCCCUCACCGCCAUCAUAACAGGCGCCACGUCAGGGAUCGGAGCUGAGACUGCUCGUGUGUUAGCCAAGUGCGGCGCGCGGCUCAUCCUCCCGGCUCGGAGCCUCAAGGCCUCAGAGGAAGCUAAGGCUCGUAUCGUAUCGGAAUUUCCUAAAUCGGAGAUCGUCGUUAUGGCGCUUGAUCUUAGCUCUCUUAGUUCAGUUCGAUGCUUCGUCGCUGAGUUCGAAUCUCUCGAUUCGCCUCUCAAUCUCCUCAUAAACAACGCCGGAAAGUUCUCACACGAGCACGCUAUCUCCGACGAUGGAGUAGAGAUGACCUUCGCUACCAAUUAUUUAGGUCAUUUUCUGUUGACAAAACUGUUGCUGAGAAAGAUGAUCGAAACGGCAAAGGCUACCGGAGUUGAAGGUCGUAUAGUGAACGUGUCGUCGAGCAUUCACGGAUGGUUUUCCGGUGACGUGAUUCGUUGUCUCGAUCUGAUGACUAGAAACAAAAGUCAUUACGAUGCGACACGUGCUUAUGCUCUCUCGAAGCUCGCCAACGUUUUGCACACCAAGGAGCUCUCUCAGAGACUCAAGGAAAUGGAAGCAAACGUUACGGUGAAUUGCGUUCAUCCAGGUAUUGUGAGGACUAGACUCACCAGAGAUCGGGAAGGCCUUAUUACAGAAUAUGCAGAUCUCGUGUUCUUCUUGGCUUCCAAGUUCUUGAAGACAAUUCCACAGGCUGCUGCGACGACUUGCUACGUUGCGACUCAUGCGAGGCUUGAAAGCGUGAGUGGAAAGUACUUCGCGGAUUGCAACGAAGUUUCAACAUCCAAAUUAGGAUCCAACCCAACCGAAGCUGCAAGGCUAUGGUCCGCCUCGGAGAUCAUGGUUUCUGGAGACUCAAACCCAGUUUUUUAUUAAAAUUCAAGUAACAACCAAUCAAUAUAUAUAUUAUAUACUCCAAUAGAGAAGAACAUAAAAGGGAUCUUAUAUAAUAAGAGUAGAUAGUCCUAUAGUGUGACGGUGAAUGAAUAGUCCAUGAAGAAGAGUGGAGGAGAGACAGUAGUGGAUAUUACGGUGGUGAUUAUAUAAAUCUUUUUUUAGUAUAAGGUUCUAGUUUACAAAUACGAGUCUUUGUAUAAUAAUAGAGAAAUGUGCUUGUGCUUGUUCGUAUAUUUAAGUACUAGUUUUUAAUUAAAUUUUUUUUGGUCUGUUGUUGUUAUAAUAAAUAAUUAAGUUGGAGUUAGCAGUGCUUAAUUAAACUGCUAAUUGCUGUAUAAUUUUAUUAAAAUGAUGUAUUGGACAAAGAUUAGCGGUGUGGAUAUGGUAUUUAAGUUCAUGUGUAAGUUUAUUAAAA